AUGUGUUGUAGAAGUGAAGUGGAUCCUAAGAACCUAUUUGAUGUUCCUAUUUCAUAUGGUCCUGGUACCUCUACCCUUCAACAUAAAACCACGAAGGGAAAUCUAUUUGAGGUACCUAUUUCGUAUGGUUCUGGUAUCUGUACCUUUCAAAGUCAUGACAAAAAUGGCGCUACUAAGAGAUUGAAAUCGGGAAAAACAGCGGGAAUUAUCAACAAACAAUUAGUAAAUGCUCCUAUCAUUGGAUGUGAUUUUCAUUUUAGUAAUGUGGAAAAUACGCUGGUGCUCCCUCAAUUGAAUGACGAAAUCCUCCAAAGAUGUGACAAAGAAGUUAUAGAUGAGAACUUAUUAGAUGUUCCUGUGGAUGUGAUGGUAGAAGAGGUGGCAACUGAUUUUAUUCCAAAUAAUGCGAAUACUAUCUUUGGGAGCACUUCACAUGAAUCCAAUACUAUAUCAGAUGAUCUUCAUAAUGAGCACUUGAUCCAUGUGAUAAGCCCUGCUGAAAUUGCUGCCCCUACAGGUAAAUUCACUGAACCAUGGAAUUUUGGAAAGCCAACACAAACUUGUGAGAGCUGUGGGGCUAUUCUAUGGUAUGAAGAGAGGAAUGUGAAGUCAAGAAGACCAUCACAACCUAAGUUUUCGUUGUGCUGUUCAGAAGGACUAAUUUAUUUGCCUUUGUUAAAACACGCACCUCCAGUUCUUGAAGAAUUGCUGAAUUACGAAGGGCCUUCAUUUGUGCAUUUCCAUGACAACUGUCGGAGAUAUAAUGCAAUGUUUGCAAUAACAUCAAUGGGUGGAAAAGUUGACAGAACUGUAAAUGAUGGAAAUGGUGCCUAUGUGUUCAGGCUAAAUGGACAGAAUCAUCAUUUGAUUGGCUCUUUGUUACCAGUUGAAGGAUUGGAACCAAAAUUUGCUCAACUUUACAUAUUUGAUACAGAGAAUGAAGUGCAGCAUAGGAUAAGGUCGAUUUCAUCUGAUAAAGAAAAUGAUGGCAUUGAUCCCGAAAUUGUUAACUCUCUAAUACAUAUGCUUGAUGAAAACAAUGCUUUGGUUAAGGUUUUCAGAAUGGCCAGGGAUCGCUACACUCAAUGUAAUACUGCAGAUGUCAGAUUGCGUCUCAUUAGUUGUCGUACCAAUCGUUCCUCACAGUAUAAUCUACCUACUGCCUCAGAAGUUGCUGGUCUUAUUGUGAAUGAUUUUGACCCUAAUAAUGGGUAUCGUGAUAUUAUUGUUGAGGAUCGUCAUCGUGGGCUCCGGCGUAUAAGUGAAAUCCAUCCAGCUUUUAUGGCUAUGCAAUAUCCUCUGCUUUUCCCUUAUGGUGAGGAUGGCUUCUAUCUUGGUAUACCAAAAAGAUUAAGAGGCUCAAUGCAAGAAACCGAAAAUUCCACUGUCACGAUGAGAGAAUAUUAUGCAUUCCGUAUUCAACAACGACUUAGUGAAGGCAAUACUUUAAUUUCUGGUGGUAGACUUUUCCAGCAAUUCAUUGUUGAUGCUUACUGUUGUAUUGAAGGAAUUCGUUUGAGGUGGAUACAAAAAAAACAAGACUACCUAAGAGCUGAGAUAUACAGUGGUCUUAAAGAUACAGUACUACGAGGAGACACAACUCGAGCAUCUAUUGGUAAACGGAUAGUUUUACCAUCUUCUUUCACUGGUGGCCCAAGAUACAUGAUUCAGAACUAUCAGGAUGCCAUGGCAAUAUGUCGGUGGGCAGGCUAUCCAGAUCUCUUCCUUACUUUUACGUGCAAUCCUAAAUGGCCAGAGAUCAUUUCUUUCCUAGAAAUGAUUCCUGGUCAAAAGCCGGAAGACCGACCAGACAUUGUUUCAAGAGCUUUUAAAAUAAAAUUGGAUGCACUUUUGCAAGACAUAAAGAAAGGACAGCAUUUUGGAAAAGUACUUGCAGUUGUAUACACGAUUGAGUUCCAAAAAAGAGGUCUUCCACAUGCACAUAUAUUGUUAUUUUUGCAUCCUAAUGAUAAAUAUCCAGUUCCUGAAGAUAUUGAUAGCAUAAUCAGUGCUGAAAUUCCAGAUUGUUUGGAAGAUUCGAUUGGACAUGAAGCUGUUAAACAAUUCAUGAUGCAUGGGCCAUGUGGUGCAGCUAGGCCAAAUUCUCCUUGCAUGGUUGAUAACAAUUGUUCCAAGCAUUUCCCUAAACGUUUUGUCCAUGAAACCAUCAUUGAUGACCAAGGUUUUCCGACUUAUAGAAGAAGAGAUGAUGGCCGUUUUGUUGUGAAAAAUGGUGUUCAAUUAGACAAUCGAUAUGUUGUCCCAUACAAUAUUGAUUUGCUGGUGAAGUAUCAGUCGCACUUAAAUAUUGAAUGGUGUAAUCGGUCAAAGGCCAUCAAGUAUCUUUUUAAAUACAUUAAUAAAGGCACAGAUCGUGUUACUGCUGUUUUGGAAGAAAAUGUAGUCUACAAUUCAAAUGAUGGAAUGGAAUCUAUAUUAGAAAAAGAUGAAAUAAAAACAUAUCUUGAUUGCAGAUAUAUAUCAGCAUCAGAAGCAUCAUGGAGAAUUUUCCAGUUUGAGAUUCAUCACCAUGAACCAGCUGUUCAGAGAUUGAACUUUCAUAUGAAAAAUGAAAAUCAGGUCACUUUUUCUGAUUAUGAAUAUUUGGAUAAUGUGGUAAAUAGACCAGGAAUUGAGAAAACUGUAUUUACAGAGUGGAUGACAGCAAAUCAACUGUAUGAAGAUGCUAGGCAGCUAACCUUCCAAGACUUUCCAACAAAAUGGGUUUGGGACAAGAAAAACAAAGUAUGGAGGAGAAGAAAGUCAGGUCGGUCCAUUGGUAGAAUCUAUUAUGCACACCCUUCAAGUGGAGAACGGUUCUAUCUUAGAAUGCUAUUAAAUGUUGUAAAAGGUGCUAGAAGUUUUGAUGAAAUCAAAACUGUUAAUGGCCAAUUGUGUCCUUCUUUUAAAGCUGCAUGUUUUGCUCUUGGCCUACUGGAUGGAGAUAGAGAGUGGAAUGAUGCUAUAAAAGAAGCAUCAAAUUGGGCUACCGGACAACAACCAGAACAGAUAUGGGAAUUGAAUUGGAAAGAUUUUUCAGAAGAUAUUUUAUUUAGGCAGAGGCGAAUCUUACAGUUUGAUCAACUUCAGCUUUCUGAAAAUCAAUUGAGAAAUUAUGCCUUAUAUGAAAUUGAAAAGCUUUUGAAUAAAGCUGGAAAGUCAUUGAAAGACUAUCCACCUAUGCCUUUACCUGAUAUGUCUCUUAUUAGGGAAAGGAAUAACAGACUGCUUGAAGAAGAACUAAGUUAUGACAAAGAAGCAUUGGCUGCUGAGUAUGCCUUUUCAUAUACAAAAUUGAACAUUCUACAAAAACAUGUAUUUGAUCGGGUUGUCCAAGCUGUUCUGAAAGGUGAAGGAAAGAUGUUCUUUUUGUAUGGCCAUGGUGGAACUGGCAAAACUUUUGUGUAUAAAACAAUAAUGUCUUUCCUUCGAUCCCGUGGUGAAAUUGUUCUAGCAGUGGCAUCUUCAGGAAUUGCAUCACUCCUUCUGCCAGGUGGACGUACAGCUCACUCAAGAUUUCGUAUCCCAUUAUGUGUGAAUGAAGAUUCAGUGUGUGAUAUUAAACAAAAAACACAGUUGGCUGAAUUGCUUUGUGCUACAAAAUUGAUAAUUUGGGAUGAAGCUCCUAUGGCACAUCGUCAUUGUUUUGAGGCUCUUGGUAGAACAUUGAGAGACAUAUUGCGCUUCUCCAGUAACUUUGAUCCUAAUAAAGUUUUUGGUGGUGUCACAGUUAUUGUUGGGGGAGAUUUCAGACAGAUCUUGCCCGUAAUACCAAAGGGUAGAAGAGAAGAUAUUGUUGCAUCUGCCAUAAACAAAUCUGUAAUUUGGAAUCAUUGUGAGAUAUUUAUGCUUACAGAAAAUAUGAGGCUCAAUCAAAAUUUCAAUAAUUUGGAAGAUGGUCAAUCUGUUGUAGCCUUUGGGAAUUGGAUUUUAAGGAUUGGGAAUGGUGAAUUUGAGAAUGUAGAUGGAGAAAGCUGGAUUGAGAUUCCAGAGGAUUUAUUAAUAAAAUCAACCAAAGAUCCAAUAGCUGAUAUCAUUAAUGUCACAUAUCCUGAUAUGCAUGAUAAGAUGAAAGACUCACAAUACUUGCAAGAAAGAGCAAUUUUAGCACCAACAAAUGAAAUUGUUAACAAAAUAAAUGAUCAGAUUCUUUCUUUAGUUGAUGAAGAAGAACGUGUCUAUCUUAGCUCAGAUACAGUAUGCAAAAGUUCUAAUAGCAUUACUGAUUUAGACAUGUUGUAUCCAGUUGAGUUUCUGAAUUCACUUGAGUUUCCUGGAAUUCCCAAACACGAGCUGAAGCUGAAAGUUGGAAUCCCUAUAAUGUUAUUGAGAAACCUUAAUCAAACUGCAGGUUUAUGUAAUGGAACACGAUUGAUUGUCACCCAGCUUGCUGAUUGGGUUAUUGAGGCAAAGAUUAUAACUGGGACAAAUAUUGGCUCUAAAGUCUUUAUUCCAAGAAUUAUUUUGUCCCCUACAGAAUCGAAGUGGCCAUUCAUUCUGAAGCGAAGACAAUUCCCAAUUUCUGUUUCAUUUGCAAUGACAAUAAACAAAAGCCAAGGCCAAUCUUUAAAUAGAGUAGGCCUAUUUUUACCACGGCCUGUUUUCACUCAUGGCCAGUUAUAUGUUGCAAUAUCUAGAGUCACUAAUAGAAAUGGUCUUAAAAUCUUGAUACUGUGCGGUAUAACAAUGUCCAAAGGAUACAGCUUUCUUGAUCAAAUAUCUGAUGCUAAGGAGACAUGGAGAAUUAGAGUGAGAAUAUGCAGAAUGUGGAAAGCAGUGAAUAAAAGAAGUGGAAAUAACUUCAUUAGUCUUGACAUGAUCUUUAUCGAUGAAAAGAAAAACUUAAUGCAUGCAAUUGUAAGAAAGAAUGUGUUUCAGAAAUUUAGUACCAUCUUACGUGAAGGAGGAACCUUUAUCAUUUCAAACUUUAAAGUAAUCGUGACAAAUAAAGGUUAUAGACCAGUUUCAAAUGAUCUGAACAUCAUUUUCCUCUUAACAACUUCGGUUAAGGAGUGCAAUGAAGAAAGUGAACUCAUACCUAUGCAUGCCUUUGAAUUUGCAACAUAUGAUUGUAUCAACAAUCGUUUGAAUGACAAUUCUUACCUAACAGAUAUAAUUGGCAAACUUACUGCUGUUGGACCCAUUGAACAAGUUCACUUUCACAAUGGCUCUACAAAUAUAAGAAAUCUCCAAAUUCUACUACCUGAGGACAAAGAGCUACAAAUAUCAUUGUGGGAUGAAAGUGCUGAAACAAUUACUGAAAAUGACUUCAAAGAAGAUGAAGGUCCUUAUAUAAUUAUUGUUACUUCAACAACUGUAAAAGCAUUCAAAGGCAAACUGAAUCUUAACACCACAAGUGCAACUAAAGUUUACGUCAAUUUGGACAUUACAGAGGUUUUUGAGCUCAUCGACAGAUAUAAAGUUGUUGAGGAUGAAUACGAUAAUGUUGUUCGAUCUAUUCCAGCACGUGACAAAAAACCCAAAUCUGAAUCAGAAUUGAUAUUGCAAACUACGAUGUCAUUGGCAGAAAUUAAAGCACUAGAAUGGGUGGAAGGAGUCAAGAAACAGAAUUUGGGUGGAAUUAUAUCUCAUGUCAACUUUGCAAGCGAAAAGUAA